AUGGCGGCUAUCGUCAGGCUGAGUUCUGUUUGUCGUAGAGGAGUCAAACCUCUGUUCUACCAAAGCCCUUUGCUGGCCAGGCCGCUGGUUGUACCGCACAAACACCAGGACCAGCCCUACCUGCUGACUGCAAGGAUUCAUGCGUCACAGGCUCUGUACGCGGGCUCUGGCACCAAAGCCGCCUCUCUGCACUGGACAGCAGAGCGAGUGCUGAGCGUUGUGCUGCUGGCCAUGGGACCCGUAGCCUAUUUUAAUCCCGGUCCUGCCAUGGACUACUCCCUGGCUGCUGCCCUGACCCUGCAUGGACACUGGGGUCUCGGGCAGGUGUUAACGGACUACGUUCACGGAGACACAAAGAUCAAGAUUGCCAACGCAGGUCUGUUCCUCCUGUCCACGGUCACCUUCGCUGGUCUUUGCUACUUCAACUACAACGACGUGGGCAUCUGCAAAGCCAUUGCCCUGCUCUGGAGCAAAUGAAUAGAACUGUGGACUGGGACACUGGGACGGGAGCAAUCUCGCCCUGGCUGAUUUGUAAAAAUUCAAAGUGUUCUAUGUAAAUUCUUAUAAAUAUAUCAUUUUGACAUUAUUACAGUGAUUCACAAGUGUGGAACCCUAAUUCAUCUCGAUCAGUUUGAGCCUGGUCUCUGUGAUAAGUUCUUGCUCAGUUUAGGUUCAGUGAGGAUUGUGCAGCUGACAUCCGUUUCCUCUUUGAAUGUGUAGGAGGAUUCUGAUUAUGUUGAUUAAAUUUAAACCAAGUUCCCCUGUAGAUUUUGAAACAUGUUGACUUAUUUAAAGUUCUACUAAUGAGAGAGAUCCAGUUUCCUGACAUGUUAUCAGUAUAUAUGGGGACAUAGAUGUUUUCAACGGAACACCUGACCUCUAUCAGAUCUUACAGAAAAGUGCUGUUUGACAUUUUAGUUUUUAAUGGUCCUUUUUCUGGCGGCUUUCCUAAAUGUAUUUUGUUUCGCUCACAAUGUGUACAUACUACCAUCAGGAAUAACAGGGCAGCACUACAGAUCUGAGCAGUGUUCGUAUAAGAGCCGUCAUCACCUUCAGACUAACCCCUGCUUACAAAUGAUUCACAAAGACUUGGCCGCCCGGGAGCAAAUGUUGUUUCCAACUUAAAGUCAGAGGUUGUGGUGUGAAACCCCUACUGUUGUCCUGUUUAAUCCAGGAGGGGCUCGGCUCUGCUGCUCAGUAGAAGGUAAAGGAGGCUAGAUCUGAAGUGCAUCAUGAAUUCAAGCCAUACAUGAAUCCUGAAACUACAAUGUGCAUCAGCGCAAUGGCUACUGAAGUCUAGCAGCGUACAAACUCUUGUCACUCUUGUAACCGUGUAUACUCCAGCGCAGGGUUUGAAAUGAACAGCUGCAAAAUGCCGUCCUCUGCCAAAGAAAUAUCACUCCAGACAGUAAUGGUGAUAAUAAUAUGAAUGCCUCUAACAUAUUGAGUCGUGUUGGACUUCAUGUAUGAAUUAAACUCUUUCCACUGUAAGUGAGCAAAUGGCUAAUUUAAAAAAAAAAGACAUUUUGAAAAUAUGAAAAAUGUGCAGUUAGUGUGAACAUUUAAAAAUUCUACAAUCUCUUGGCAAAGAAGGCAAAAACUUACCUGUUCCUAAAUCAAUAUGAGCCUGUAUCAUAAGAUAAGAUGGCUGGCUAAUGAAAACUUGCUGUUAUCACGUAAUGUUGGCACAUUUACUCACAGCACGGAAUUGGUACACACAGUCCUUGUGUGCUAUAAAUACCAGCAAUCCUACCAAUUCUUUUUGUACUGCUGGAAUGUGUUGUGCUUUCAGUCUGUUGUCACAAUGCUCAUACAGUGAAUGUUUACGAGAGCUUACAGGUUUGGUGUUGGUCCGUUUGCUUCUAUCAGCAGUUAUCAAUUUGUAAUAUGUGUUCACUUUAUUUUUUGUGAUUACACGCACAUAAUGACAUGUGGCAAGAAAAAUCACUGUUCCUGCCUCAGCAGAAUAAAGUUGGCUUUAAGGAUUCUUUCA